AUGGCGGCCUGUGCCGGAGCCAGCCGGGCUGAUACUGCUACCGCCCCGGGGGUGGCGCUGCUGCUGCUCCGCUUCCACGAUUCUUCCCCACCAGGAGUGUUCCUUGAGAAGGACUAUGAGGUUUACCGGGAUUAUGGCGCAGACGGCCAGCUGCUUCACUGCAGGACCUCCUCGCUGCGGUGGACCUCAGGCACCAAGGAGCGCAUGCUCAUCAAGGUGGCCGACCGGGAGUCCAGCUUUCUUGCCCCCCAGGGCAAUGGCUACCCCCCAGACAGCCAGCUCGGGGCCCGCUCCCGCAGACCCUCUGGCAGCCAGCACUCGCCCAACCUACAGACAUUCGCCCCCGAUACGGAUGGCACGGUCUUCUUCCCCGAGAGGAGGUCGUCACCAUUUCUGAAGAGGGCUGAGCUCUCCGGGAGCUGCUCCCCGCUGCUGUCCCAGCCCCGGAAGCCCUCCAAUGACUCGCAGCCCUCCUCCCCACGCUACGGUUACGAGCCCCCACUCUACGAGGAGCCCCCCGUGGAGUACCAGGCCCCCAUCUAUGAUGAACCCCCCAUGGAUGUGCAAUAUGAAGCCAGCGGGGGCUACCAGGCUGCCUCGCCACAGAGGUCACCCGGGCGCAAGCCCCACUCCUUCCUGCCGGCCAAGCAGGCCCCCACCUCACCACGCCAGCAGCUGAUGCUCACCAAGCAUAAAUGUCCCGAGCGCUUCACGAGCCUGGAGUACAGCCCCGCAGGCAAGGAGUACGUGCGGCAGCUGGUGUAUGUGGAGCAGGCCAGCUCCAGCCCCAAGCUGCGUGCAGGCCCCCGGCACAAGUACACACCCAGCCCUGGCGGAGGCUCCUACUCCCUGCAGCACAGCCCCUGCCUGCUGAGGGACCAGCGCCUGGGGGUCAAGUCUGGAGACUACAGCACCAUGGAGGGGCCUGAGCUACGGCACGGCCAUCCGCCCACGCCACUGCCCCAGGCCCAGGAGGAUGCCAUGUCCUGGUCCAGCCAGCAGGACACCAUGUCCUCGACAGGGUACUCUCCAGGCACACGCAAGAGGAAAAGCAGAAAGCCCUCCCUGUGCCAAGCCCCUAACAGUGCCCCCAGCGACAGCCCGGUGGACCUGCUGGGUGAGCAGCCCCUGGCCGAGGAGCGUUCCCCGUGCGGACCCAACCUCGCUCAGACAAUGCGUGCGGAGGGUGAAGCGGACGUGGUGCGGGCUGUGGCCGAGCCCUUCCUGGCACAAGCGCGGCUGGCCUGGGAGGCGCAGCAGGCCCACUUCCACAUGAAGCAGAGGGGCAGCUGGGACACCCAGCAGGACGGCUCGGGCUACGAGAGCGACGGUGCCCUGCCGCUGCCCAUGCCUGGGCCGGUGGUACGCGCCUUCAGUGAGGACGAGGCUCUGGCCCAGCAGGAGAGCAAGCCCUGGAAGAGGAGCACCUUCGAGAAGCUUGGCUUCCCCCAGAUCCUGCUUGAGAAGAGCAUCUCCGUGCAGACCAACCUGGCCUCGCCGGAGCCUUACCUCCAUCCCUCACAGUCUGAGGACCUUGGUGCCUGUGCCCAGUUUGAGAGCAGCCGGCAGAACCGCAAUGUGAUGCCUAGCUCCAGCUGCGUCUUCCCCACGUUCACGCUGCGCAAGCCCUCCUCGGAGACAGACAUCGAGAACUGGGCCUCCAAGCACUUCAACAAGCACACCCAGGGCCUCUUCCGGCGGAAGGUAUCCAUUGCCAACAUGCUGGCCUGGAGCAGCGAGUCCAUCAAGAAGCCCAUGAUUGUGACCAGCGACCGGCACGUGAAAAAGGAGGCCUGCGAGAUCUUCAAACUGAUCCAAAUGUACAUGGGUGACCGGCGGGCCAAGGCAGACCCACUCCACGUGGCCCUGGAGAUCGCCACCAAGGGCUGGAGCGUGCAGGGCCUGCGGGACGAGCUCUACAUCCAGCUCUGCCGGCAGACCACUGAGAACUUCCGCCUUGAGAGCCUGGCCCGGGGCUGGGAGCUCAUGGCCAUCUGUCUCGCCUUCUUCCCCCCCACACCGAAGUUCCACUCCUACCUGGAGGGCUACAUCUAUCGGCACAUGGACCCCGUGAACGACACCAAAGUGACACAGCACAUAAAAGAGCUCCUGGAAAGGAACACUAAGAAGAAGUCCAAAUUGAGAAAGAAACCCAAGCCUUAUGUUGAAGAGCCGGAUGGGGUUGCCAUAAGCACAUACGCCAAGUACUGUUACCACAAGCUGCAGAAGGCGGCCCUGAUGGGGGCCAAGAAGGGGCUGAAAAAGCCCAACGUAGAGGAGAUCCGGCACGCCAAGAAUGCUGUGUUCAGCCCGUCCAUGUUUGGCAGCGCACUGCAGGAGGUCAUGAGCAUGCAGAAGGAGCGAUACCCUGACCGGCAGCUGCCCUGGGUACAGACACGGCUGUCUGAGGAGGUGCUGGCACUCAACGGUGACCAGACGGAGGGUAUCUUCAGGGUCCCUGGGGACAUUGAUGAGGUGAAUGCCCUGAAGCUGCAGGUGGACCAGUGGAAGGUUCCUACAGGCCUGGAGGACCCCCACGUCCCUGCGUCGCUGCUGAAGCUGUGGUACCGGGAGCUAGAGGAGCCCCUGAUCCCGCACGAUUUCUACGAGCAAUGCAUCGCGCAGUACGAGAGCCCAGAGGCCGCCGUGGCCGUGGUGCACGCGCUGCCCCGCAUCAACCGCAUGGUGCUCUGCUACCUCAUCCGCUUCCUGCAGGUGUUCGUGCAGCCCGCCAACGUGGCUGUUACCAAGAUGGACGUCAGCAACCUGGCCAUGGUGAUGGCGCCCAACUGCCUGCGCUGCCAGUCCGACGACCCGCGCGUCAUCUUCGAGAACACGCGCAAGGAGAUGUCGUUCCUGCGCGUGCUCAUCCAGCACCUGGACACCAGCUUCAUGGAGGGCGUGCUGUAGCGGGCGGGGGCGGCCGGAGACCACCGGCCGUGGAGGGAGCGUGCCGGGCCCCGCCAGACCCUCGGCCC